ACCUUCUCCAUCUGACAAUUCUAUCACACACACAUGGCUAAGUUAUUUGUGGUUUAAUUUUUCUUCUCCUCUAACUGAUGCUUAAGACUUCUGAUUUACAACAAAAUAGAUGAAUUUCGGUCAGAAAGUUUUAAAACAGUAUGGGUGGAAUGAAGGUGAAGGCCUCGGGAAAAAUAGUGAUGGAAUCACAGAAGCUAUCAAGCCCAAACGUAAAACUAAUAAUCUUGGUUUAGGCUAUAAACUAGGAAGUGAAUUUAAAGACAACUGGUGGGAAAGUGUCUAUGAUAAUGCUGCUUCCAACGUCAUAGUAAAAACUGAUGAAGAUAAAGGAACAUGUUCUGUAACGAAAUUAGAAAACUCAAAAGAGACAUCUCAAAAAGAAAUUUUGAAAAAUAAAUACAGAGAUUUUGAAAAAGCAACAGAAAUAAAAUCAGAUGAAGAAAGUGACUGUGAUAAGAAAAAUUUGCUCGAUGAUGAUGAAAUAUUUAAAAAAUGUGGAGGUCGAACUGUUCACAAAGGGGCACGACAUGGUCUAACACUUUCAGGAAAAUUAUCCCGGAUAGAAAAACAAGAAAAACGUCUAUUAAAAAAUAAGGUUGUUGAUGAUGUUAUAAAAAAUAUCAAAAAGAAGAAAAAAUCAUGAUAUUUUAAAAAUAUAUCUUUUUAAUUAUUUUCCUAUAACAAUUUUAUUACAUUCAAACCUUUCUAUUGACUAGAACAAAUUUUUCAAAUUGAUAUGGUUACAAUAGAUGUGGUUGCUAUAAGUUGUCAUGUGAUUAUAAGCUCUUUAAUAUUAUAAAUAAGUUUAUCAUUAUGUAUAAGUAGUGCAAAGAAAUUAAUCGAUUUAAGAAAAAACGGUGAAAAACAUCCUUUAUGGGUUUUAUGUAAUGUUAAACAAUCAUUAUAAAUUAGUAAAUUAAAUAUAAUAAUAAAAUAUUUGGUCCAAGAUGUUAUGUAGAUUCUGCACAUUAGUUAAGCAGUCUAUUGUCUUGGCAAAUGCCACACUUUCAUCUGUGUCAAGUUAGUACAUUGUUAUUUUUUCCUAAUGCAUCUCUUGAAAUGGAAAAUCUAUCGAGUUCUUUGUGCUACUGACCUCAACUCCAUUAUUCAUGAUAAUUAUACUUUAUUCUUCCAGUCACAUGGGAAAGAGUAUUUUUUUUUUUUCUAUUUUAAUAAUAAUCUAAUUCUAAUUUAAUUGAAUAAAACUAUUGAAGCAAGUAUA